AUGUUGGCUGAGAGGCAGCUAGGGACUCUGCCUAGCACUACAAAGUCCAACCUGAGGGAGCAUGUGAACACAAUCAUGUUGCGGUCAAGUAAGUAUAUUCCUGGUCCUUCUUCUGUUUCUAACAAUGAUGUUGAUACGCAGGUAGAUUCAAGCAAGGAAGUUGAAGCUACCAAGACGAAGGACCGAGAGAAGGAAGAGAUGCAUAGGUAUGCGAAGUUCUUAAAGGAGAUUCUUAGCAACAAAAGGAAGUUUGAGGAUUUAGCAUACGUGAUGCUAAACGAGGAAUGUUCGGCAAUUUUCCAGAACAAGUUACCGGAAAAGCGACAUGAUCCAGGGAGUUUUACUAUUCCUUGUGUUAUAUGUAACUUAUUUCUUAAUGAUGCUUUAGCUGAUUUAGGAGCUAGCAUUAAUGUAAUGCCGUACAAGCUGUUUGUAAAGUUGGGGUUGGGAGAGACCAAACCCACUAGGAUGAGUAUACAGUUAGCUGAUAGAUCUGUUAAGUAUCCAAAGGGUAUUGUAGAGAAUGUGCUAGUAAAAGUAAACAAAUUUAUAUUUCCUAUGGAUUUUGUGAUCUUGGAUAUGGACGGUGAGAGUAGUGUACCCUUAAUUUUAGGUAGACCUUUUCUUGUAACAUCUAGGGCAAUGAUAGAUGUCUGUGAUGGAAAGUUAAAACUUAGGGUAGGGGAUGAGACUUUGCAGGAAGUAUUAGUUGAAGACCCUCUACAAGUCACUUUGCCAAGGGGAGAUGAGCAUGAACUGUCAAAUGAGGAAGUGUUGGAGCUACUUGAGUUUCUGUUAGCAAACGAGCCAAGCAACAACACUUAUGAGUUUGCUAUGAUUGACAGGAUACGUGUGCAGAAGUUAAGGCCAUCACUUGAGGAACUGCUGGUUCUCGAUUUGAAAGAACUUCCAAAGCGUCUUGACUAUGCGUAUAUGAAUGAGGAUAAUGGGCUGCUUGUCAUUCCAGCAGCAGACUUGACACCCGAGUUCAAUCGCAGCAUAUGUCAAACCCGCACAUGCAGGGAGUUAUCACCGAGUCCAGCUAAAUGA